GUGAUCUGGGUUGAGCUGGAAGCGGGGCGAAAUUUGACCCAAGGCGGCACCUCUGACCCCGUGGCCACAGUCAGCGUAGAGUGCAUAGGGCGCCUCAAGCCAAGCCUUAACCUGGCUAUGGGGCGGAGGAUAGAGGAUGUGAUCAUUGAGAAACUUGGGGUCAACAGGGACAGGAUCGUGGUUCGCUUCUUCAGCGUCCAGGCUUUGUACUGUACCUAUAACGGAGCCUUGCACGACAUUCGGAUCGACUACGACGAAGAUCUUUGAGUGUUCUGUGUAGACAGGGCUGCGCUUUCCGCCCCAACCAACCCCCACCCCCAAACAAACAAACGAACAAACAAACCAAAAAUAACCCCCAGCAACAAUAACAAAAAACCACAAAAAAAAA